UGGGCCAUCCGGCCCGACAAUAUGCGAUCGCCCAGUACACUUCCUCCGACAGGUUUCGAGCUCCCUUCUUCGUCUUCUUCUGAGGACCUUAAUGAACGUUGGAGAAUGGCUUCCAACACGAGCGCCACGUCAUCAUCGUCUCCGUCGACGGCGACCGCCGGGUCGCCCUGCGGGAAGCGAGCGAGGGAUCCCGAGGACGAGGUCUAUGUCGACAAUCUGCAUUCCCAUAAGCGCUACCUCAGCGAGGUAUCGAUUCUGUUCAUCCGGAAAGUUCGGAAUUUUAGAUGCCGCGGCUUCAUUUCAACUAUCAUGGCUUCUAGCUUGAAUGGAUUGACGGUGGGAGACCCGCUGUCCGAAAACCUGAUGGAAUCCCCUGCUAGAUCGGAAAGUAUGUUUUAUCUGAGGGAUGACAUGUCCUUGCAGUACUCGCCCAUGUCUGAGGACUCUGAUGACUCCCGGUACUGUGAGACAGGACCUGCCUCUGAGAGCCUCCCAACGAGCCCAGUCUCCUCUCCCCAUAGAACGCAGAGACCAUUGAGUGUCUUUCAAUCAGUUCCCCCCACUACUGCAUCAUCCUCUACAAGUUCACAGUCUCGCCAACGGGGCUCUGACUCCGAGGGUAGGUUCCCCUCCUCUCCCAGUGAUAUAUGCCACUCAGCUGACCUCAGGAGAGCUGCCCUGCUUCGGUCGGUACAGAUGAGGACCCAGCCCUCAGCACCUUCAGCAUAUGACUUGCACUUUGGUUCAGUUCAGGAGUCAGUUUCCAAUGUAGAAGCUGAUGACCGGGGAGGCCUGUAUAUGAAGUCUCUAGGUGAGGAAAAGGACUAUAGGGCAAUGGAUUAUCCUUCAAUCUUGGGUAUGCCAGGGGAGGAGUUUAACCGAGAAAAGUCUUGCUUGGAGUCUGACAUUAACAGUAAGAGGGAUGAAUCUCGGACUUAGCUAAAAGCUUUGAAAGCCAGCAUAGCCUUGGAAAUAACUAUUGAAGUUGGUUUCUUUUGGAUGAUUUUAAGUUUGUGACCUCAAGUAUCUCUGGCAAAGGAAGAUACUAUUGAGGAAUGGUGGCAUGGAUGUGUCUGGUCACGAAUUUCUCCCAGUAACGGUCAUGGACAGCUGUAUGAUUGAAAAAUUGGAAAAAGAAGCUGUUAAAUCAAAUGCAUGAACUCAUUGGGUUAGUUCAUCUUGGGUGCUUUCAAGGAUGCAGAGUUUCUUGACCGGUAGAGAAGUGGUCGUCUUUAGCUUUUCUGAAGUGAUUACGGGAUCCUCAAUGUGCAAGUUGACACAAAGGUGCAUCCCAAACGACCUGGUAGUGGCAGUGCUUGUGUUGAUAUAGUCUGUGGGUGAUGAGACAGAUUACUGGAAACAGAAAACCCUUCAAUUUCGUACAUGUUUGUGCAGAGUACAAUAUUAAUAAGUCCUGACUAGACGAGGAACAUCUGGUAAAAUCUGCCGAACCCAGUAUUUCUGAGAGUCAAGCUGCUUCUGGCAGACUCUCAGAGACAGUUCCUGCCAUCAGGGACCAUAAAUCAAGGGUAUAAGCUUGCUGGUGGAUUGAUAUAUUGAAGGAUUCCUGCUGACUGUUUCGGUCCACAUGGUGGAGGAGGCCAUGGAUCGGAUUGCUCCCUAACCUGUUUCUUGUUCUUGUAUGACGACGUGGCAAAGCUUAUGAUUCACAAACUCAACCCAUCCUGUAUAUUUCCCAACUCUUGUGGGGAAGAUGGCCUUGUUGUAACAUAUAUAUGGAUGUAAUGGUCUUUGAAUGCGAGUCGACAUGAUAUGCAGAUCAUGUUAUGCAUGUCCAA